AUGAGAGCGUUUCUUCCGCCUGGUCCUGGGGAGCCUGUGGCCCUGUCCAAAGAUGAGUCCCAGAGGGGUUGUGCCAUGAUGUUAUGGAGAAACUGGCUAGGGCGAGUAAGGCCUACAUCCAAGGUUGCAACCCCUUUUCGCUGGUUAGAGACGGGGUCAUUUGCUGUUUUCUCACGAGAUGCAGACACAAAUGCUGACACUGACCCCCGUCCUUUUCAGGGUGAGCUCUUAAAUCCCUGCCGAUGUGAUGGGUCGGUUCGGUAUACACAUCAGCUGUGUCUGCUGAAGUGGAUCAGUGAGAGGGGCUCUUGGACCUGCGAACUGUGCUGCUACAGAUACCACGUCAUAGCCAUUAAAAUGAAACAGCCCUGCCAGUGGCAGAGCAUUUCUAUAACACUGGUUGAGAAAGUUCAGAUGAUUGCUGUGAUCCUAGGAUCCCUCUUCUUAAUAGCAAGUGUGACUUGGCUUCUCUGGUCAGCCUUCAGUCCCUAUGCAGUGUGGCAGAGGAAGGACAUCCUUUUUCAAAUCUGCUAUGGAAUGUAUGGUUUUAUGGAUCUAGUGUGCAUAGGUCUCAUUGUUCAUGAAGGAGCUGCAGUUUACAGAGUAUUUAAGCGCUGGCGAGCUGUUAACUUGCACUGGGAUGUAUUAAAUUAUGACAAAGCCACAGACAUCGAAGAAAGUAGCCGAGGAGAGUCUUCCACGAGUAGGACUUUAUGGUUGCCAUUGACGGCUCUGCGGAACAGAAACUUGGUCCACCCAACACAAUUAACCUCGCCAAGGUUUCAGUGUGGCUACGUGUUAUUGCAUUUGUUUAAUCGGAUGAGGCCACAUGAAGAUUUGUCAGAAGAUAACAGCUCAGGAGAGGUUGUGAUGAGAGUGACUUCAGUGUGACAAAAGUAUCAGACGGUGCAGCGGGGAGCACACUGCACACUUGGGAAUGUAAUUGCAAUGAAUGGUGAAACCACAGCACUUCUAAAAACACACAUCUAUGAACUUUUU